AUGGAUAAUAAAAAGAAACUUGCGAUAAUUGGAGGAUUCAUAGUUUUAUUUGAUGAAAAGAAGAAGAAAAGACUGUGGUCAAAGCGGUGGUUCUUAGAAAGAAGAAAGUAUUCUCAUAUGAGUUUAAUUAGAGAACUCCAAACAACAGAGCCUCAUGAUUUGCACAACUUUUUACGAAUGGAUAAAGAAGCAUUUGAAAUAUUAUUACAAUAUGUAGAAGGACCCAUUAAUCCAAAGAAAUACCACCCAUAUGAGAGAAGCAGUGAGUAGCAGAGAGCGAUUAAUUGCUACGCUACGGUACUUAGCAACUGGAAGGAGUGUUGAAGACUUGAAGUUUAGUUGUGCAAUCUCCCCACAGCUUCUCGGGAAAAUAAUACCUGAAACUUGUUGGGCAUUAUUUAUGACACUAAAAAACGAAUAUUGAAGGUUAGUAAAUGAUUUAUUAGUUAAUAAGUACAAUAUUACUUAUAAAGUAUGUUACAAACUUAUUUUUUAUUGCUUUGAAGUUGCAGAAACUCGGAAACGUCACACUUAU